GUCACCAUGUCGACCGCCACGCCCCCACCCGCCCCUGCCGCCAAUACCGAAGCCCCCAAGGAGCUCACGAGCAAGGACUACUACUUCGACUCGUAUUCGCACUUCGGCAUCCAUGAGGAGAUGCUCAAGGACACGGUGCGCACCAAGGCGUACAUGAACGCCAUCCUGCAGAGCAAGCACCUGUUCAAGGACAAGGUCGUGCUGGACGUGGGCUGCGGCACGGGCAUCCUGUCCAUGUUCGCCGCCAAGGCCGGCGCCAAGCACGUCUACGGCGUCGACUGCUCGGGCAUCCUGACGCAGGCGCGCGAGAUCGUCAGGGCCAACGGCUUCGCCGACAAGAUCACGCUCAUCCAGGGCAAGAUGGAGGAGCUGACGCUGCCCGUGGACAAGGUGGACAUCAUCAUCUCCGAGUGGAUGGGCUACUUCCUGCUCUACGAGUCCAUGCUGGACACGGUGCUCUACGCGCGCGACAAGUACCUGGUGCCUGGCGGCCUCAUGUUCCCGGACCACUCGACGCUCUACAUCGGCGCCAUCGAGGACGGCGAUUACAAGGCCGAGAAGCUCGACUUCUGGGACAACGUCUACGGCUUCGACAUGAGCUGCAUCCGGGACAUCGCCAAGGUCGAGCCGCUCGUGGACACGGUGGGCAGCGACGCGCUGCUCACGGACGUGUGCCCCAUCCUGGACAUUGACCUGACCAAGGUGACCAAGGAGGAGCUCGCCUUCUCGUCCAAGUUCAAGCUCACGACCUUCCGUCAGGACUUCUGCCACGCGCUGGUGGCCUACUUCGACUGCACCUUCUCGGCCACGCACAAGAAGCUGAGCUUCUCGACGGGCCCCAAGGCUGAGUACACGCACUGGAAGCAGACCGUGUUCUACCUGGAGGGCGAGCUGGCCUGCAGCCCCGGUGAGGUCAUCGAGGGCGAGCUCACCUGCAAGCCCAACGCGACCAACCCGCGCGACCUGGACAUUGACAUUAACGUGCGCUUCGACGGCGCCAGCGGCUCGUACAACAAGCUGCACGAGUUCAAGCUGCGCUAAACUGCAGCGGCUACCUACACCUUCCUACCUGCAUGCAUCUGAGUAGACUAGAAACUUAAACGCACCCUUUGAAAGAAAGAUACUCAAACAUU